GGUAAACAUCAAGCCUGAAAAUAUACAUGUCAAUCUGAGGCGAUGUAUUUCUUUAUUAACUCUACGUCGUAUUUGUACACCUUACUGUUUGGUUUUUGUUUUGUUCAGAAAGCGUCAUGUCGGUUAAAUAACAUUUGACUGACGUCGUCGGUGGCGCGUCUGUUCAUCCGAUCAAGACACGAGCCGUAAACGGACCGCAGCGAUGUUCGGGGCGACUUGGUGGACUUUCGUUUUCUGCAUGUGCUGUUGCCCCUCUCUUCCUUCGGCUGGCACCACUGCCUCCAUUUCCAAAGGUCAAGAUGAUGAGAGCCGCUGUGCUGGUCAAGCCUGCAACCCCCGAAUGGGUAACUUGGCCCUGGGUAGAGUACUGACCACGCAGUCCUUCUGUGGCUCCAGUGGAUCAGAACCAUACUGUUUCUACAGCAGCGUGGUCCCGACAGGCAGGGAGAGUUGCUCUGCAGCGAGAUGCAGUAAAUGUGACGCCGCCAUCCCAGACAAGGCUCACCUGCCCUCCGCCAUGAGUGACUCCUCAUUCCGCAACCCGGACACCUGGUGGCAGUCGGCAGAGGGGGUGGAGGAGGAGGUCCUGCAGUUGGAUCUGGAGAGCCAAUUCUACUUCACCCAUCUCAUCCUGGUGUUCCGUUCACCCCGGCCCGCCGCCAUGGUCCUGGAGCGCUCUCAGGAUUACGGGCGAAGUUGGAAGACCCUCCGAUAUUUCGCCAGGGACUGUGAGCGUUUUUUCGGCUUGACGGAGAAUACUACUGUAGAGGAGAAUAAGGGGGUGACUUGCACCUCCAAGUAUUCAGGAGCCUUCCCAUGUACCAGAGGAGAGGUCAUCUAUCGCACCUUGUCUCCGUCACGCUCUGUGGAUCCUUAUGCCCCGGCCACCCUUAACCAGCUCAUGGUCACCAAUCUCAGGGUCCGUCUGCUGCAGCGCCAGCCGUGUCCCUGCCAGGCCAAACACCCCGGCGCCAGAGCUCUGCCAAUGGCCCAUUAUGCCAUCUAUGACUUCAUCAUCAAGGGCAGCUGCCUCUGCAACGGUCACGCCGAGCACUGCGUGCCAACUGGCAGCUAUCGUCCCAAUCAACAGAGAACCGAUAAUAUGGUCCAUGGGAAGUGUGUUUGCAGGCACAACACAGCCGGCGACCACUGCGAGCGCUGUGCACCUCUCUACAAUGACCAGACGUGGCAGGCGGCCAACGGCCUCCUGAGAACGCCGCACGAGUGCAAGAAGUGCAAGUGCAACGGCCAUGCCGAGAGCUGUCACUUCGACCGGGAACUGUGGUUGGCAUCGAGGCGGCGGAGUGGAGGCGUGUGUGAUGGCUGCCGCCACAACACUGCAGGACGCAACUGCCAGAACUGUAACAGAGGGUUUUACAGAGACCCCAGCAGGCCGAGGUCUUCGCAGGACUCCUGCAAACCUUGUUCUUGCCACCCUGUUGGAUCUCUGCCCUCAGGGGGCACUGCCCUCUGUAACCCUAUCAACGGGGAGUGUACCUGUAAACCAGGCGUGGGAGGCCCCCACUGUGACAGCUGCGCGAUGGGAUACUGGGGGCUCAAUCAGUAUGGCUGCCGACCAUGUGACUGCAUAGGAAACUGUGAUCCCUACACCGGUGACUGCAUUUCUGGCUCAGAUGUGGAGGUCUUCUAUACAGCCUCUGGUCACACGGGACACAGCGGCGAUAAAAAUGUAGAGGAGCUUUUCUCUGCACUGCACCACUCCGUGAAAUGCAAGUGUGUAGAGAUGACCCUUGGCAGCCCCAAACACUUCUGUUCUAUGGAGUAUGACUAUGUGCUGAUGGCGAGGGUGAUGUCCGCUCACGAUAGAGGCUCCCACGCAGAGGUGGAGGUCAAGGUCCAGAAGGUUUUUUACCAAACCACUGGGCUGAGAAUCCAGAAAGGAGGGACCACGCUCUACCCGCAGUCCUGGACCACGCAGGGCUGUACUUGCCCUAUCCUCAAUCCAGGAUCCGAGUAUAUCGUGGCAGGUCACGAGGACCGGAAGACGGGCCGUCUCACGAUCAACCCCAAGAGCCUGGUAAAACCGUGGAAGUCAAGCCUGGGACAGAAACUCGCCCUCAUCCUGAGGAGAGACUGCGGCCGCCGGUAGGGCUGAGCAACAUGGACGGGGAUGGACAGAGGUACGAAACACGAGAUGAUCCCCGCGAUAGACGAGGAGGAUUCGCUCGACGGGUGGGAGAAAGGGCAGGAUGAGCGACUCUCGAAUGAGGCAUGGCUCGGACAAAUGCCCACAACUGUGAUUUCACACCUUGGUUUUUGUUUUUUUGGGUUUUUUGUUUUGUGUCUCCAAAGCCAGUCGUCCCCGGGCCCCCUGAAGAGACUGGAGGACUCGACAACAUUGGUUGUCAUUAAUCAAGUUGUGUUGGGAACACCCAGACAAACAGAUACCCCUUGACCGACUAUACGCUCCUUAAGGGGUGAAAGAGGACAAAUCUAAGGCAUAAAAGAAUUUUUUAUUGUGUUGCAGAAAAUAGCUUUGGGGAAUUUCACUAACAUGUUUCAAUACGCCUCAACUCAUAAAUCCCGUUUAGGUUACUUAAAAAUCAAUAUGGAGAAAAGGUGCUAAUGCAUCAAAUAUACACCGUAUCUCGGCCAAAAGCUGAUGUACCAAAGAAAAGUUAUGUCCUUCAAAAUCUGUCUCGUUGAGAACUGCACACUUUGAAACCUUCUGAAGAUACCGACUGAUUUAUUCUUGUCCUCUCGCAGUUAUUGGUGAUAAUCACAAAUCAGCAUCAGAGUGUUUGUACAGUGGGUGUAAUGGUGUGUGUGUGUGUGUUCUUGAUGUCCUUGGCAGGAAGUUUGGGACUAUACAGGUCAGGACAGGGACGGAAGAAUGAAGAGGAUGGAAACACACACACACACACACACACACACACACACACACACACACACACACACACACACACACACACACACACACACACACACACGGGUCCAGGCAGCUUAAAGUGAAAAGCUCUGUUCGCUCAGACGGCUCGUUUGAAAAGAGCAGAACACAUCAGCUCUGUUCAAGCGGACCUCCUGUCAACCAACAAAAUUGACGUCCUGGAUCAGAACUGAGCUGACGUCCCACUUCCAAGUUGUCCGGUUAUGGGAUCGGACUGCUGUCAGGGUGCUUCAGUUAGACUUGGACUUGAUGAGCAUUUUCUGCUGUCCUCAAAAAGGAAAAUCUCUGUUCUGUUUCAUUCCAUAUCCUAUAUUGGAUGUGUGUGUGUGUGUGUGUGUGUGUGUG